GUCGCGGAGGCACCCUCGCCGUCACAGCCCCUGCGCUGGUGCAGCCUCCCUUGCUUCCUCUGCUUUUCCUCCCUUCGCUGGCACCAUGGCUGAUCAGCUGACCGAGGAACAGAUUGCUGAAUUCAAGGAAGCUUUCUCCCUAUUCGAUAAAGAUGGCGAUGGCACCAUCACAACAAAGGAACUUGGAACCGUCAUGAGAUCGCUGGGUCAGAACCCCACAGAAGCUGAAUUGCAGGAUAUGAUCAACGAAGUGGAUGCAGACGGUAAUGGCACCAUUGACUUCCCAGAAUUUUUGACUAUGAUGGCUAGAAAAAUGAAAGAUACAGAUAGCGAAGAAGAAAUCCGUGAGGCAUUCCGAGUCUUUGACAAGGAUGGCAACGGUUACAUCAGCGCGGCAGAACUACGUCACGUCAUGACAAACUUAGGAGAAAAGCUAACAGACGAAGAAGUAGAUGAAAUGAUCAGAGAAGCAGAUAUCGACGGAGACGGACAAGUCAACUAUGAAGAAUUCGUACAGAUGAUGACUGCAAAAUGA